AUGAAGCUUCUCAUUCUUUUCUCCCUCUUCGCCAUCUUCUUCGGAGUCAUUGCACUGGAUUCCCCAAUUCCGGAGUUCUACUCCACUGGAAGAUCAACCAGGGUCCCAUCCCACCGACACCGGAUCCCAAGACUCGGAAAACGUGAAGUUCCAAACUUUCAAGCUGACAACGUUCCUGAGGCUGGAGGACGAGUUCGCAGAUAUGUAGGACCACCGCUCAAAUUGGUUAUAUUAAUUUAA